AUGCCUGAGACACGUGAUCCGGCAGAAUCAAAGUCACUUGAUCCGCCUGAAAAAUUAUUGGAGAUCUUUGAGAAGCAGCUGGGUAGUAACGACCUAGUGAGCCUUUUCCAAGGGGUCCUCAAUGAUAUCGAGCUAGAGAGAAUGUUUAAAGCGGCUUUGAAGAACGACGAUCAGGAACGUUGCUCAGAAAUAUUAUAA